AUGUCCGCACCAUCAGCCACCCUCGCACCCGCACCUUCCUCCAGAGCAGAGAGGGAUCGACUGCGCGACUACUAUGGUCUCGCAUCUGCACCAUCCUCUUCCUCUGCCACUGCUGCUUCACGCCCACCACCGCCCAUUGAUGAUCCAGCUCAAAAGUACAGGGACUUGGUAAAGAGGGAGAACAUCUCGGGAUUGCUCAAGGCACAGAGUGAUUUGCUCACUGAGAUUCGCGAGCUGGACGGAGAUCGCCAAUCCCUCGUGUACAACCAUCACACCGAUCUCGUCUCAGCAAGCGAGACCAUCAGCAAGAUGAAGUCCCACGCCGAAUCCCUCUCUCCGACCCUAGCCACCCUCGCAUCCUCCUUCGACAAUAUGUCCCGUCUGGAAGCUCAAUUACGCUCCGCGCUCUUGCCCAUCUACCCGCAACCGCCUCCCUCUUCCAACAACAGCAACGCAAAUUCGCAGCAGGGUACCUCGCACGUAGAGGCAUUAGACGUUCAGAGGGAUCUGGUGCCCAUUGUCACUCUCCCGAUGAGAUUGAGGGACCUCAUUGCACUGGGCGAGGACCAAGGGGGAGGAGGUACAGGCAGCAACUCAGGUCUAGCUGCAGCCGAAGCGCUCUGGGGACGUCACGAAGCCGUUCUCUCCUCGUGGAUUGCACAGGGAGUGCCUGGUGCAGAGGGUGUGGCUAGCGAAUGUAGAGCGGUAUUGAGGGAACAGAGGGAGAAGACUAGGAGGAGAGUCAGUGUAGGAGCGGGCGCUGCCGCAUCGAAUAGGUGUAUCUGA